UUUCGCCGGGGUGGAAAAGUGCGUGGCCGGAGGGAUGACUGCGAGGGCUGCAGGCACCGAGCGCUCGAGUUAGUCUCGGCCAGAACACAGGCCCAGUAGGAUCCCCGUACACGCACAUGAGCCACGAGUCAAGUGCGUGGAUCGAGCGGCCCGAUAAGACCGCUUCACGCGCCGCGGAUCAUCGGAGAGUGCACGCAGUGGCUUCGCAGCGGUGCAGACCCUGCGCUCCUCCUCGCCGCCCCGGUGUCGCACGCUCGAGGGCACUCGCGCGCGAGCGAGCGAGCGAGCAAGAGGACGCUCCGUGACUGUCAUCCUCCGACUUCACUUUCCGAUCCGCUUCUCUCGUGCGCGCCGUUUCUUCUCGCGCGCGCGAAGACGACCCGGAGACGACCGUGAACAUCAAGAGGGAGAGGCACGGGCAAAGAGAGAGAGAGAGAGAGAGAGAGAGAGAAAGAGAAAGAAGAGAGAGAGAGAGAGAGAGAGAGAGGGAAGGAGAGAGGGAAGACGACGCCGAAGAAUAAUCAGCGAGAACGGAGGAGAGUCUGUGUUGCAGCAGCUCUUAGUUUCAGGUUAGGAGCCUGCUAGGACGGGUCUCGUUCUCUCUUCUUGAGGUCAUUCGGACAAGAGCGGACGAGAGGGUUCGCAAACCGGGUGCACCAGUGGAACCACGAGGAAGGAGGAAAAGGGAAAAUAGGGGAGGACACUGAAAAACGCACAGCAGCGGCCUCUCAGCGCGCUCUGCUCAUCCGCAGAAAAAAUUGGACGUGAGACAUCAGACUCGCUGUAUCAGGCCAACAUCGAUGAGGCCCGAGAGACUCUACCGAGAGCGGAUUACAAAAGAGAAUAGAUCUCGGGAUCGCGAGUCGCAUCGAUCAAGUGUUACUCCGAGUGUCACCAAAGUGUUCUGAAUCUCCAAGUGAUCACCCUCGCGCCACCGAAGGGGACUCCGUGUUUGUAUCGGCGUGAUUGUUUUUUUGUGUAGUCGAUUGUGCAUCCAAAGUGAGCGAGUGUCGCGGACUGGGUCCUCGUUGGCGCAAGUGAGGAACAUUGCUCCAUUCGUGUGAUGCGGCAGCGGGAGAUCUGCUCGCGCUAUCGCUACGUGGACGACGACGAGGACGACGACGAGGAGGUCGAGGUUAAUGUCAGCGGACUGUCCGUGAGAGACUUUGGAUCCGUCACGAGUCCGCGGAUGGUCCGGGCCAGGAGCUCCGGGGCUACCUAACGGAUCACCACGCGACAUCACGAUCCGUCGAUCGCGAGACAAGAUCGAGACGCUCAGUACAGUGUUAAUGAUGUCGCGGUACCGCGCACGGUUUCGACACAAGUGAGAUUGUCGACUGAUCUCAGUCAGGAUUUCCAGCUGUGUCGUUGUGUCCGAUUCAACGUUGUUCAACGGGCUCGACGUCGAUGACAGGGUGUCACUGCGCCCCGACCCGAAUGACCGGCCCGGACCACAGAUCGACGAGGGAGAAACUGACCGAAAGAAAUUCCACGUAGAUCAAACUGAUAGAUAGAACGCGCACUGUGUGAGUGACAAUUAUAUGAGACGCGCGGGGAGAGUGUACCGAGCACAGCCGGAGAAAGCCUUCGAGAGGGAAAUUCAUGAAAGUCAAGUGUGCGCGAUGCCACGAUAGAGUGUCAGCCCGGCAAUGCUGAUCGCGAGGCAAUAACACGAAAGUGCAAGCUGUCGAGUGGACGCGUGCCGCACUUCGCGCUACGUCGUGGACUGCCAGUGAAAGACGGUACCGACGGAACCGCCGCCUGAAACGUGUUCCCCGAUUGCGAUCGGCAACGGAGGCGGAGGAGGAGGCGGCGGCGGAGGCGCCAAACGAGGAAGAGCAGUUUUGGGCCCGCCGGAGAAGCUCGAAGCCGUCAAAGUGGCUUCGUCACUGGGGCUCCAAGGGCCUUCAGCGCCGAUCGGGGCCCAACUACUGGCUACUGGUGGUUCGGAGGAUGCGCCGGCCGCGACCUUAUACCACGCCAAUCUGGUAGCCGGUAGUAACACCUCUGUCGUGACAGCGGCGCUCCAGCAGCCCAUCCUAGCGGGUCUGAACUCAGCGGCAUUGGCCAGCAUGCAGGCCUCCGCGGAGGCCAACUCGCUGGAUAUACAGGCCAUGCAGUCCAUGGACUGGCUCUUCAAGAAGGAGCGCAUAUACCUGCUCGCCCAGUUCUGGCAACAGAGAGCGACUUUGGCGGAGAAAGAAGUAUCCGCGCUAAAGGAACAACUCGCCGCGGCGAAUGACAGCAAUUCCAAGACUGAAGGGCACCAAUUGUCUCAACCUCCGCAGGGGAACGAUCAACAGCAAGUGCACGAUGCCAGCAAUCCCAGGAGGACGCCCAACAGCAACCUCGAGCAGGAGCUGCAGGCCAAAGACAAAGAGAUCAGCCAACUGGUCGAGGAGGUGUCUAGACUGCAGCAGAGCCUGCAGCGCCUUCAGGAGACAAGCGCGCAGGCAACGGCGCGGCUCGAAGAGGAACUCGAAGCGCGCAGGCAACACAUCAGCAGAAUCGAGAGCAAAUUGGAACGGCAGAGGGAUUACGACGACCUGAAGCGCGAAAUCAAUGUACUAAGGUCAGUCGACCUUUCGCAGAUACCAACCGGUGAGCCUGGCAAGAGUUUAGAACACCUUCUUAUGGAGCGUACCAAGGCGUUGCAACAAGCCGAGAACUUGAAACCAUCCAAUACACCCGAUGCACUCGGUGGAUUAUCGUCACCCCUGCAGCGCGCCUCGACCGCCUCGCCUCACGGGGUCGGAGGUGUGCCACCUACGUCCCAUGUGUCCUCCCAACAACCACCGCCACCGUCCCUGGCAGUUUCUCUCCCUCCACGUUCCACCCCGACGCCCUCUUCGGCCACUUCGACGACUUCGAGUCUCCUCUUCCCGCACUCUCUCCAAAACGUCGAGACCUUCGGCUCCUUCCUCGGUGAAGAAAUCGUCGCCAAUUGGAGGCGGACGUUGGAAAAGUCUUUCAUAAGUCAGCAGCAGCAGCAGCAGCAGCAGCAGCAGCAGUCGCAGCAGCAGCAGCAGCAACACCAGCAGCAGCAGCAGCAGCAACAGCAGCAGCAGCAGUCGCAGCAGCAGCAGCAGCAACAGCAACCGCCGCAGCAACAACCGCAGCAGCAGCAGCAACAGCAGCAGCAGCAGCAGCAGCAGCAGUCGUCUCAGUUGAGCCAAUUGGCUCAACAGCAACAACAGCAAUUGCCGCAGACUCAAGCGCACAUGGGUCUGCAUCCGCCGACAACGCCAAGUAGUCUAAAUCAUCUUCCAUCACCGACGGACCCGUCGUCCACCUCGAAUACCCCGGCAAAGUCGAACACGCCAAUCGGCAUGACACCUCUAGGUAGCCUAGACGUCGCUGAGAAGGCGCCGACGCCGGUGUCGGGACAUGAGACGCCGGCACCGCCGACACCAUCCUCCACAAUCGCCUUAACAUCGCCGCCGAGCUUUCAGCCGCCAACGUCGAUGAUAGAAAGUAGUACACCCUCGGCUUCAAUCAACGGCGGCGGCCUCACAGCUCACAUGCCCAACGCGCCGCCUCCCAAGAGCCCGGCCGAUCAGGAAUCAUGUCACAACAAUAACAACAGCCAUCAUCUGGCGAACAACAACAUCGGCGGCCUGAGCGUCCUCGACACGCUGAAGAGUCCGUUUCGCUUCGACGACCGGACGCAUCCCUUCCGAUUCGGCGACGAGUUCGGGGCUGCCGGUAUGGCCGGUCGGCUGGGCGAGUCACUCAUUCCGAAGGGCGAUCCCAUGGAGGCGAGGCUGCAGGAGAUGCUGCGCUACAAUAUGGACAAGUACGCCUCGCAAAAUCUCGACACUCUUCACAUAGCCAGGCGAGUGCGCGAAUUAUUGUCGAUACACAAUAUCGGACAAAGACUGUUCGCGAAGUAUGUUCUUGGGCUGAGUCAAGGCACUGUCAGCGAGUUACUCAGCAAGCCCAAGCCCUGGGACAAACUGACCGAAAAGGGCCGCGACAGUUAUCGGAAGAUGCACGGCUGGGCAUGCGACGAGAACGCCGUAUUGCUGCUCAAAUCCCUCAUCCCCAAGAAAGAGUAUGUUUCAGGCAAGGAGCAGGGAAUGCCAGCGUUCGCACGUGGACCACAGGAUAGUGGUCCGCCCGACAUGAGUGACGAAAGACUGGCUCAUAUACUGUCGGAGUCGGGCCACUUGCAAAUGAGGAGCGAGCACGAGGUAUCAAACGACGCGGACAGUAAGAGCCCGAACAGGAUCGGUUGCCCGAGUCCGUUCAGCAAAGACAGAUUGGACAGUCAGAACAGGAGACUAAAGAAGUACGAAAACGACGACAUUCCCCAGGAGAAGGUGGUGAGAAUCUACCAGGAGGAACUGGCUAAGCUGAUGGGUAGAAGAGUGGAGGACCUUCGCCCGCGAGAGUUCCCUCCUAGUGCGAUCUUUCCGCAUUUUUUCAGCGGUGCCCAGGGCGGCCUUCAAGGCAUCGAACGCACCCAGGAGGACAUACGAUUGGCACUGGAUGCUUAUCAUCGUGAGCUUCAGAAACUGAACACCGCGCCAGGGCAAAAUCCCUCGAUCACCGGCCUGCCGGGCUUGCCUGGGCUCCCAGGCUUGCUGGCGCUUCAACAACAAGCUCUCCAGCAGCAUCACUUGGCCGCAAAUGGCGGCGGUGUUCAAGACUUGAGCCUAGGCAAGGUGGAUCCGCGCAACAAAAUGAUCAAUGGCGUAUCGGAAGAGGAGAAAGAGAAGAUGGAGGAGGCGAUGAGACACGCCGGAAGUGCUUUCUCCCUGGUGAGACCGAAGCAAGAAUCAACGGGCCCUCAGUCGACGCCCGGUGGUUCCAGCGCGAGUUCGCCGCUGGGCAAUUCCAUACUACCACCGGCGAUGACGCCUAACGAGGAGUUCUCCGGUGCGGCGGCAGCCAGCCCUCUUCAGAGGAUGGCUUCCAUUACGAACAGUCUGAUAAGUCAACCGUCCACGCCAACUCACCAUGCGUCCAAUCAGAGGCCGCUGAAAGCUGUGCUUCCACCGAUCACGCAGCAACAAUUCGACAUGUACAAUAAUCUCAACACCGAAGACAUCGUGAAGAGAGUGAAGGAACAAUUGUCCCAGUAUUCGAUCUCGCAACGACUAUUCGGCGAAUCGGUGCUGGGCCUGUCUCAGGGAUCGGUAUCAGAUCUUCUCGCGCGGCCCAAACCGUGGCAUAUGUUGACCCAGAAAGGUCGCGAGCCUUUCAUCCGCAUGAAAAUGUUCCUCGAGGAUGACAACGCGGUGCACAAACUGGUCGCCAGCCAGUACAAAAUCGCCCCGGAGAAGCUAAUGAGGACCGGCGGCUACGGCGGCCUGCCUCGUAAGUUUAACUCAGCCUGCGGAACACCAAUGAAACCUAUGCCACCGACGAAACUCGUCCAAGAACAACUUCAGAACGCGGCAAAGGCGCAAGCCGCCGCACAGGCGGCUGCGCAAGCAGCGGCGCAGCAUCAGCAGGAGAAUCAGAUGCAGCUCGGACCGCCUCAGCAGAGCCCGCAGCAUCCGCAGCACCCGCAGCACCCGCAGCCGCCGCCGCCGAUGAUGCUAACACCACCCGGUCCUCAUCAUCCUCACGCUCAACUCAGCAUGCAGGAACUUCAGAAGAAACAGCAACAGCAGCAGCAGCAACAAAUGUCACUGCACUCGCCGCACCAUCAAAUGGCGCCGUCGCCUCUUCGAGGUCUCCAUCCGCACAUUUCACCGAGUGUGUACGAGAUGGCCGCCCUCACGCAAGAUCUCGACACACAGACCAUCACCACGAAGAUCAAGGAAGCAUUGUUGGCGAACAAUAUCGGCCAGAAGAUUUUCGGCGAGGCGGUGCUCGGUCUGUCGCAGGGCUCCGUCAGCGAACUGUUGAGCAAGCCCAAGCCGUGGCACAUGCUCAGCAUAAAGGGUCGGGAGCCCUUCAUCAGAAUGCAACUUUGGCUGUCAGACGCGCACAACGUCGACCGACUGCAGGCGUUGAAGAACGAGCGACGAGAGGCGAACAAGAGACGACGCAGCAGCGGUCCCGGUCACGACAACAGUUCCGACACUUCGAGCAACGACACCGCCGAAUUCUAUCACGCUGCCUCGCCCGGCCCGGGGCCGGCCUCCGCGAAGAAGCAGCGCGUUCUCUUCUCCGAGGAGCAGAAGGAAGCACUCCGACUCGCUUUCGCCCUUGAUCCGUACCCCAAUGUGGCCACCAUCGAAUUCCUCGCCGGUGAGCUCGCCUUGUCCUCGAGGACGAUAACGAACUGGUUUCACAAUCAUCGAAUGAGACUGAAGCAACAGACGCCGCAUGGCCAGCCGGAGCCACAAUCCCCGCGAGAACCCGGCCAGCCGUUCGACCCUGUCCAAUUCAGAUUACUCUUGAACCAAAGACUGCUGGAGAUUCAGAAGGAGAGGCUGGGUCUGGGGAAUGUACCUUUGCCUUACUCUCCGUACUUUAAUCCCAAUCUCGCGACCUUGGUAGGUAACGCUCUAAAGGAACAAUGUUCCGGCCUCGACCUUUCGAUGAGCGCGCUCAAGAGGGAGCCUAAUCAAGAGUUCGAGGACGAGGACGCCGAGGACGCAAUGAGUAAUUUAGGUAGCGAGGAUUCGGACGGAUCGGCUGGUAGUAUAAAGAGAGAGCCCGCAGAGACGCCGACAGCACCCACCACGGUCAGGUCCAACAGAAGAAAACCCGCAGCGCCGCAGUGGGUGAAUCCCGAGUGGCAAGAACCGACGAGAGCGGGCGACGAGGUGAUCAUCAAUGGCGUUUGUGUGAUGCAAACGGACGACUACGGCGUGAAGAGAGAGGCCGAGGAGACCAUAAGGGUCGAGCCGACUCCAGUGCAGGACAGAUACGAAGAGGACGCUCAGAGCGACGUCUCUUCCGUAUCUGGUAACAAUGGAGCCGACCGGGAUAGCCCGCUGCCAAGUCCAAAGUCCGGUCAGAAUAGUCCGGUGACGUCGCCCAGACCGCCGUCGGUGCAGCAGACGCAGCAGUCGACGGAGGGCAGUCCGAAGGACGUGGUGAAGCACGAGCCGGAGGAAACGUGGGAUUACUAGGACAGUGCGACACGUGAAAUCUCACGGAGUGAUCCGCGAACUCAGUGUUACUUCUUCGGACAGAGUCAAAACUGGAGCGAGGUUUCCGACGUGUCCCCGAUGAGGGGCUCACGUUGUUGGAAUAUGCCAAAACAACGCUUUGUAGAAAAAGGCGGUCCGCGAGGGCCACCGGUCUAGUUAAGUUUUAAACGAGGAAACCAGUUAUAGGACUCGGAGCGUGCGGCACCGAGUCCUGCCUACCACGAGGGCAUUAUCAUAGAGAGGCAAACGCGAUGUACGGGUCUAAAGAAAUUCUUGGAAGGAGUCACCGAGGAGGAGGAGGAAGAG